AAGUCGGUCUCUUCAUUCCCAGAUUCGAACUUGCCCCAAAAACCACCACUGGAAAUUCAGCUUCUUCCCCAAUCUGAAAUCUGAAAUCUCUGAUAAUUUCAGAAUCGGUAGAAUCAAUCAAACGAUGAUGCAUCCCGAAACCCUAAAUGACCAAUUUCUUCAAAUCUUCGUCAAAUCCCCGUGUCAUCAACGAACAAUAGCCCUAACCCUAGAUCUCAACCGACCCUUGACCCUGGAAUCUCUUAUUUCCUCCUCUUCGCUCUUUCCUAAUCCGUCGUCGUUGUUUAAUUUCUGCGUUUAUUUUAAUGGAAUGACCUUGAAUGCAUCCGAUCAUGUCCCGAUUUCCCAAAUUGCUCCUCUCACCACCUUUACUCUGUUUCCCCGCCUCCGUGGAGGAGGUGGUGAUGGCGGCGCAACCGGGGCGGAGUCUCGCGACUGCUACCUCAACAUGUACGCGGAGAAAAAGCCGGAUAAAGUCGAUCCUAAUGAGCAGAGGCUCUCGAAAUGGCUUAAUUGCGCUUUAUCUAGUGAACCCUUGAGAGAGCCUUGCGUUACCGACCGAUUGGGAAAUUUAUUCAACAAAGAAGCGUUAGUCGAGGCUUUGCUGUCGAAGAGAUUGCCGAAGGAAUUUGGGUACAUAAAGGGGCUAAAAGACAUGGUAAAUAUCAAGCUCACAGCGAUUCCAGGGUCUGAUGAUUUGGGUUGCGGCGGCGCCGGCUAUCAUGCUCGGUUUCAGUGUCCAGUUUCAGGGCUUGAAUUUAAUGGUAAGUAUAAGUUUUUCGCGUUGAGGGGCUGUGGGCAUGUAUUGAGCGCUAAGGCGUUGAAGGAAGUGAAAUCUUCCUCGUGCUUGGUAUGCCAUGAGGAAUUCACGGAAUCAAAUAAGAUAGUGAUAAAUGGCAGUGAGGAGGAAGUAGCAGCCUUGAGGGAGAGGAUGGAGGAGGAGAGAGCAAAAUUGAAGGAGAAGAAGAUGGGUGCUAAGAAGACGAAGAAUGGGGAAGUUGUUGUGAUGAAUGGAGCGCAGGUGGAUGCACUGGAGUCUUCCGCAGUGAGGGGAGUGAAGCGUGGGGCUGAUUUGAAUGGGAGCGUAGGAAAGGCUUCUGUGAAAGUUGAAGGACAUGGGAAGGUUGAGAAUAAUGUUAAAGGAGGUGUUGCAGUGAAGAAGUUUAGAGCGGCUGAUAUGGCACCGGCUCAUGCAAACAAGGAAGUGUAUGCUUCUAUAUUUACUUCUUCCAAAAAAUCCGACUUUAAGGAGACAUUUACUUGUAGAUCCCUCCCGCUAGGUCGGAACUGAUAGGAUGUUACGGUCUGUCUGCUUAAAGGGCAAGAUACCCAAGCUGCAUCAAAGUAAGCUUCCAAUUUAAGGUCAUUAACAGUAGAAAAGAAGAGGCAUUGAGAAGGACAUCCUUUGAGAUACUGGACUACAUGAAUUGUUACUUCCCAAUGUGUCUUCCGUGGAUCAGGUCUUGUGAAUCGAAGAUACAACAACCUCCCCACUGAUUCUAAUCAAGCUCUAGUAAUAGAGAGUCCUGACUUAAUUGUUGAACUAUAUAUGUAAGAUCAGGUCUUGUGAAUCGAAGAUACAACAACCUCCCCACUUAUCUGCGAUACUGAUCAAGCUCUAGUAAUGGAGAGUCCUGUGUAGCAGAGAAUUUGUGUCCCUUAGGUAAAGGAGUUGGUGCAGGUUUUGCUCCCAGC